GAUGGAAGCAUUCGGAAAGUACAUGAUGGAGAUCAUAAUAGGAGCAUGGAUGUGGGGAAAUAAGGUGCCUCUGAGGUUUUAGGAUCGGUUCAUAAGAGUCACAAGAUCGAGGAGAAAAGGAAGGCUGACAAGGCUAAAGCCUUACAGCUCUCUAAAAUGUUUCAAGAGCAGGAUAAAAUUGAUCAAGAAGAAGACGAUGGUGAAGAAACAACACAUCCAUCUACUGAUGAGCUGAGCGGGGCAAAGGUUCUCCAUGGGCUUUACAAUGUUCUUGAAGGGGGUUCAGUUAUCUUAACACUCAAAGAUCAGAACAUACUUUCUGGUGAUGACAUAAAUCAAGAGGUUGAUAUGCUUGAAAAUGUCGAAAUCGGAAAGCAGAGGCGGAGGGAUGAUGCAUAUAAGGCUGGAAAGAAGACAACAGGAAUAUAUGAUCAGAUUGAUGAGACUGGUUCUGAAAAGAGAAUGCUUCCCCAAUACGAUGAUCCCUUGUAGGAAGAGAGCAUGGUGCUUGAUGAUACUGGACGUUUCAGCCGUGAUGCAGCGAAGAAACUGGAAGAGCUCCGGAGAAGAAUUCAGGGGGUUACCACAAAAAACCAUGCUGAAGAUCUCAAUUCUUUUAGGAGAGUAUUGACAGAUUAUUAUACUCCUGAAGAAAUGCUUGAAUUUAAGAAGCCCAAGAAAAGGAAAUCACUAAGAAAGAAAGAGAAGUUGGACAUAAAUGCCCUUAAAGCAGAGGCUAUUUCUACUGGAUUGGGUUCCAUGGAUCUUGGUUCUAGGAAUGACAGGACAAGGCAACUCCUUAAGGAGGAGAAUGAGAGAGCAGAGGCUGAGAAGCGAGACAAGGCAUACAAGAUUGCAUAUGAAAAGGCUCAAGAAGCAUCUAAAGCUCUUCGACCUAUGAACAAUGUUAUUUCUGAGGAAAAUGAUGAUAUUGUGUUUGAUGAUGACGAUGAAGAGCUUAGAGAAUCACUGGAAAGGGCAAUAAAAUUAGCUCUGAGAACUCAAGAGGAGGCUGUUAAAUCUGUAUCAGAAACCAUUGCUCUGCUUGCUUCCACUUUGAAUGAAAACAAUUCUACUAUAGAUGAUAAUAACCAUAGCUCUACAUCUGGGGACUUGAAAGAGAAUAAGGUUGUCUUCACAGAAAUGGAAGAGUUCUUUUGGGGUCUUCAGCUUGAUGUUUUCAUGGAAGAAGAUGCUAUACUUCAUUCUCCAGAUAAAGCAUCUAUAAGUGAGGCUGGUGGUUGGUCCAUGGUGAAAGAAGUCGAAGAAAAAGAAACGGACUUAAAGAGAAGUCAGUUCCAGAUGGCACAAUGCAUGAAGCUGCUAUCGGGAAGGGGUUAUCUGGAGCUCUCAAACUUCUGAAAGAGCGAGGGUCACUCAAGGAAGCAAUCGAAUGGGGUGGUCGAAACAUGGACAAGAAGAAAACUAAGCUUGAUGAGGAAGGGCCUAAGGAAAUACACAUUGAAAGGACUGAUGAGUAUGGUCAAAUUUUGACUCCAAAAGAGGCAUUUCGGCAGCUGUCCCAUAAAUUUCAUGGAAAGGGACCUGGCAAAUCGAAACAAGAAAAACGCAUGCGCCAAUAUCUAGAAAAGAGAAAGAUGACACAAAUGCAAAAUUCAGACACACCAUGGCAGUUGGCGGAGAGAAUGAGGGAAGCUCAAGAAUAUCUAAAGACACCUUAUAUGGUUUUAAGUGGAAAUGUUAAACCAGGUCAAACUAGGGAUCCCAGAAGUGGUUUUGCUGCUGUUGAGAAGGACUUCUCUAGAAGUUUAACACCCAUGCUUGGUGAUAAAUAGGUUGAACACAUCGUGGGCAUAAAGAGGAAUCCUAACCUGGGUGGGGACUCUGCCUUGCAAAAGAAACUCAGAAACUGAUUUGCUACUUUGCUUUUAUCAAAGAC